AUGACACUCCCAGUACGUGACGGCACGGCGUACGGCGAGGUCCGCUCGCCGCUCGACAAGGCCAAGCUCGUGCCCUAUCUCGAAGCGAACGUCGCUGGUUUCAAGGGCCCUCUGGACAUCAAGCAGUUUGGCUUUGGCCAGAGCAACCCUACAUAUCUCCUUGAGACGCCAUCAAAGAGCUAUGUGCUCCGUCGCGCGCCCUCGGGCAAGCUCCUGAGCUCGACUGCGCACCGCGUCGACAGGGAAUACCUCAUCCUCGAGCGGAUCAACAAUUGGAACGCCAAGCUGCCCGCGAGCAAGGCUGCCCUCCGUGUGCCAGUGCCCGAGGUUUACUGCCUGUGCGAAGAUCGUGAGGUUGCGGGUGCCCCGUUCUACGUCAUGGAUUACCUCAAGGGCCGCAUCUUCACCGACGUGCAGUUGACCACCCUCGCCCGCGAAGAGCGCGAUGCCAUCUGGCAGGGAUGUGUUCACGCACUCACGCUGCUGCACGCGGUGCCUGUCGAGCAGCUCGAGCUGCCCAAGUCGUUUGCACCUGACAUCAAGGCCAAGCCCUACUUUCCACGCCAGGUUAAGAGCAUGCUCAAGGUCAGCGCGUCGCAGGGCGCCGCUCCAGUGCCCGAGUACCCCGGCGGCAUCCUCGGCGACAUUUGGGGUUCAAAGGAACUCGUACCGUAUUAUGAGAGCGGAUCGGGGCGUGUCGCGGCCGCUGACGAUGCGCACGGCCCCUCGGUCGUGCACGGCGACUACAAGCUCGACAACAUGAUCUUCCACGCGACCGAGCCUCGUGUCAUUGGUAUCCUCGACUGGGAACUGUGCACGGUCGGCUCGCCACUCGCCGACCUCGGCAACAUGACCAUUCCGUUCAACUACCCCCCACUGACGGAAGAGGAGAAGGCGACAAUCAGCAAGAGCGGUAGCCAGCAGAUGGGUCUCGGUGGGCUUCCCUCCAGCGAGACGGGCAUCCCGACGCGCGACGACCUCGAAGCCUGGUGGGUCGAGGGCAUCAACGCGGGGUACAGUGCCCACGGGCGGACUGGGACGCAGUGGGCGUACCCGAUCCCAAACAUGCCGUGGGUACGCUCGUGGAUGCUCUUCCGCCUCGCCAUCAUCAUGCAGGGCAUCGCGGCGCGUGCUGCGCUCGGCCAGGCGUCUAGCGCGUCUGCGACGGUCACGCGCGGAGGCAUGGACUUUUUCGGCAGGGUCGCGAUGGGGGCCAAGAACGAGAAGCAGGACAGCGCACGGCUGUAG